AUGGAAGAAACCAACACAAAGUUCGACAUUUAUGAAAACAACAACAAUCCGACUUCAACCUCAAAUAAUGAUGGAAAUUUGAACGAGUAUUUAUCUGAUACAUCAACUUUAGGAGAGCUUUCAUCAGAGUUUAUUCCACCUCAACUUUCAUCCUCCGAUGUUUCUCUAAAUUCAUCGCCCAUGAUGCCGAUCACACCACCAGCCACCACUCUUCCUGAUACAACGACUUCAAACCCUGUCAUUCCACAAGUGACUACUGCUGACGUAAAAAACGAUUCCCCGAUUUUUACGGCAAAAGCGCUUUUGACGUCAAAUGUUAAUGAAAUUUCAUCGUCUACCAUAUCAGACAUCAAAACCAUUCAAAAUACCGAACCUACAAAAACCUACAAACCUACGACGUUGACAAGUUCAACAAGAUUAUCUACCAUUCCGACUUUGACAACAACAGCAGCCACACAAAUUAUUGACCCAGCUUUGGUCGGGAAAUGUAAGUUGGCCACGAACGCCAUCAAUCGGUCCCUGUUUGCAACUAAUGGAGAACUAGAGGAUCCAGAUCAGUAUGGAUUCUGGCUGGACACGUGCGGCCAAACUCUGUUGCUCGGAAAGUCAUUGGGCACUUGGCAGCAAAACUCGGAGGUGUGUUUCAGCCUAAACAUGCAGCCUUUCGCUCUUGAGAGCAAAGAGAAACUCGAUUGCAUGAAACGCGAAGCCAAGACCUGGAAGUACAAUUUGAACUACUGGACAGGCGGGAUGAAGGACUUGGCGCGCUGCACACUUGGUUGGUGUUCCACAAAGGGAGUUGCGCCCUGGCAGGACGUUCUCCCUUUGGUCAACCUUGAGAAAGACCAGAACUGCAUCCAGAUGCAAAUUUUCAAAACCAACGGCUCCAUCUUGAUCAGCGACAGACGGUGCUCGGACAAAUCAAUAAUCGCUUGCCAAGGCUCUACGACAAAACCUCCUCAGUGCGUCAGUCCCGUUUGUCCAAAUGUAACCUGCCAGAAAGACGCAACCGCAGUUUUUCACUACAGCUAA